AUGCUCGCUCGAUCGAGCUUGCGGCUCCUCUUCUUCUUCCUCGAAGUGUGUGUGGCUCCCUUGGCCUUGGUGGAGCUGGCUGCUCGAACUGUUGUAUGGGUUCCAUCUGCUCUGGGAAGUCCUGGUAAGGUGCUGGAUCGUACUCGAAUCCAGGGUUCUCGAAAAGGCUCCUCAGGUCAACUCGACCUCAGCUCGACCGAGUUGAGUUUCCUCUGUUUGGACUCGAUCGAGUCCACUGGUCGAGUUGGAGCGUCGGCCUUGGAACUCUUCCUCCUCCUCUGCGUGUUGUCUCCUUCUUCCCUUGGUUCAAAUGAGAGGCUCUGUGAGGCUCUUGGGCAGGGAGCCUCCUUGGGUGGUGAGAAGGAUCUACUCCUAGGGAAUGUAGGGGCCAUGGGUGUCUUCUUCUUCUUGGAUGAAGAACCAGAGACCUUCUUCUCCAAACUCUUGAUCUUGCUCACCAUCUUGUCCAUGGACUUUUGCAUUUUCUCAUGCCACUUGUUGAACUUUUGGAGAAGUCCAAUCCUCUUGUGA